AUCAAGGUAGACAGCGGCACAUAAGGCGGUAUAGGGACCUCCACUGUAUGUUAUGGCAGAAACGUAUUUGUCCGCCUAAGGCACCAUUCCGAACCUUAGCGUGAACCCGGCCUUGACUUUUUGACGGGAGAACUCACCAGCAACACCAUCUGUGCAGCCGGGUGACCAACCCGCCUUUUGUUUUCACCAUGCCUCCCAUGAAGCCGAUUAUCCCAAAGGACAUGAAAACCGUGACCGAUCUCCCUCUGCGCUUGCGCAAUUUUCUCGCUCGUUAUCCUCCCGAAAUUCACUCGGCAGCUAUCCGUCGCCCUGAUUAUUCCAAAUUGAGUGAAGAGCUAUCAGGGGAAAACACAUCCAACGAAGUGCCAUCGCCAUAUACACCCGAUCGUGAUGCCAAGGGCUCGGCUGGGUUGGAGAAGAAUGCCUGGACUCCUUCGAAAGCACUGCUCAUCACCAGCAAGAAGAACCCCAAUCCAUUCAUGCCGAAUUUCAGAUUCGGUAAAUGGGAAGCGCCAAGAUACGGCCUGCGGCAACAGGCUGAUCUGAUGAAAUUGGCCAUCAAAUACGGUGCCGAGGGGCUUCUCCCCCUAGCCGGAAAUCAACCGAAUACAAGGAAACACGACGGGCCGAGCGUGGGUUGGCUAUCAAGGGUACUGGUGUUGGGCAGAAGGUCAAGGGUCACAAAUGGGAGCGUACCAUGGAAUCACGGCUCGAAGACCGUCGCAAGGCGAUGGAGGGAAUGCCGGAGUUGGUCCGCUUGUGGAAGCAGAGAGGUCACGGACGUGGCUGGAAGCAAUGGCCCAAGCGGUAAAUUACAACACAACCCACCACAACCCAUGUUCUUUUCUCUUUCUUUUUUCGGUCGGUUCGUUCAAACCGGCUUUCUCAAUGCUUAUGAUCUCUUCCUGCGCCGCAUCAGCACAGAGACUUGUACGAGCCAUAGCAGGAGCUUGGGAUGGAGUUUUGUUUUUGAAGUAUACUAUCCACACCAUCUGUACAAUACAACCUACAAUCUCAUAGCCUAAUGGUAUCUGAGAGAC